CUUGGCACGCCUGUGUCUUGAGGCGCCUCUUCCUCCUGCCACAAUGGCCAGCCUAACCCCACAGCCGAUGAGCCCGCGGCCGACCUACGAAGAGGUGCUGCGGCUGCGAGCGGCGAGCGCCAAGCAAAGCGCCGAGAAGAUGGCUGCAGCUCCCGCGGCAGCCGCGCCUGCGAACGCUCCACAGCCGCCUCCGCAGCCCCCCCAUCCGCCGCCUCCCGCUGCCGCGUCCGCACCCGCUCCUUCGCCUCCCGCUGUGGCGCCGGCGCCGGUCGCGGCGCCGGCCAAGCCCGUCGCCGAGCCGGCCUUCACCGACGCAGAGGUCGAGGUUCUGCGCACUCCGCUCGCUCCGUCCGAGUGGUGCGGCUCGGAGCUGCACGAGAGGGCGCUGGCGUACAUGCGCUCGCGGCGCGAUGCGGCCGUCCUCGCCGACCCCUCUCUCGCGCCAACAGUCGAGAUGGCGUCCGACCUCCGGCUCUGGCGCCUAGAAGCGGAACGCGGGAUCGUUGUGCUCCAGCCAGCGCUCGAGAGGGCACGGAUUCACUGUAUCCGACCGUUUCACUGUGCUCUCCUCCCGGCGUACUCGCGCGGUGCUCCACACACUCUGCACAUGCCCGCCCUCCCUCCCCCGAGGUUUGGCGCAGCCGCCACGUAGGCUCUGGCGCUUCCUCGUCGCGACAGCCUUCAAGGGCGGUGAUGCGGCGAGCAUGU